CUUAAGUUGCCACUGCAAGAAAAGAAGAACAUCAUCAUAAGUGAACAUUUCCACCUUUCCUUCUUUUCUCACUCUAUUUAUAGCAACUCUUUUUCAUCAUUUCCAAAUCACCCCUCUUUCCAUCAUGCUACAAGAAGUUAGUACUAUGAUGAAGGGGAAGAGGAGCAAGCAGCCGCGCUCCGCCUCCCCACUCAGCGUUAUAAGCGACGUCUCGCCUUCGCACUCCGCGCAUGAUGAGGAGGAGGAGGAAGAGAUGGCUAAUUGUCUAAUCCUAUUAGCCAAAGGGAGAUCAUCACCGCCGCCACCACCGGCCGAGGAGGCGUACCAAUGCAAAACAUGUAGCAAGUGUUUCUCAUCCUUCCAAGCUCUAGGCGGCCAUCGCGCUAGCCACAAGAAGCCGUUGAUGGAUGACACCACAAAUCUCUCACUUCAAAUCUCAUCAAGCUGCAGAUCGGCGUCUUCGCCGAGCAAGGCUAGGGUUCACGAGUGCUCCAUAUGUGGCGCCGAGUUUGGCUCCGGCCAGGCCUUGGGCGGCCACAUGCGCCGCCAUAGGCCCAUUCCGGCCAAUCAUGGAGUCAAGAAGGCGAAGAAUCUCUUAUCUUUAGACCUCAAUCUUCCGGCACCGGAAGACGAUCAACCGGAAUCUAAGUUUCCUUUUGCGGCAAAGGAACAAGUCAUAGUCUUCGCUGCUUCGCCAUUGAUUCACUGCCAUUAUUAACUAGAUUAUAGAUUUAUUUAAUUUGUUGUAUCCAUUCCUUUUUUACUUUCAUUCUACGAAUUUCACAUGAAAAGUAGUGAAAUUCGGUGCCACUAUUUAUUAUUCAAUAUUCAUAUGCUCAUAAAUGUAGUUGAUUCUUUUAUAUUUGCCACUUUUUAAGUAUACUGUAUACAUGU